GAACAGCAUUUAUGUUCAGAGACAACAUUAUUCUCAAAGAAGGUGAAAAAUGAUGGCUCACAUCACAGAAAACGCCAGUCGUGCCGUUGAAUUGAUCCAGUGCCGUCGCUCGCUGCGCAGGGAGUUCUGACGCGUUCAUUCCCUUCACGAGCGUCAUUAAUGCUACAUUUAAAAUAUACGUAGAUGGACCUUCGCUGGAUUACUUCUGACGCUAUUUGGAAACUAUUAUGAAUGGGAGUUCAAUGUCACCAACUGAAUGACCUGCUGAUUCCUUCGCUCGGCAAUCUUCGGAUGCUUUUCUUCGAGCAACUUCACCAAAGAGCUUUCAGUCAGAAUUAAGGCUGAUACUCUAAACUCGCAUAUUAAUAAACACAACCGGAGGAAAAUAACUCAAGCAAAUUAUGCAUUUCACAGUUCGUAUGUUGUUAAAUAGUCGGCGUGAAAAAUGAUUUCUGUAAAUAGCGAGUGCAUAACUAUGACGAGAAGAUGCCUGCUGACGUUCAAACCGUUCAGGAUAUUUGUGGCGGGGAUCGGUUUCUUCAGUCUGUGCUUCUUAAUGACCUCUCUGGGGGGGCAGUUCUCGGCCAAGCGACUGGCCGAUUCCCCUUUCAGCAUCCGAACCGAAGUAUUGGGUGGUCUGGAGUCUCGCGGUGUCCUGAGGAAGAUCAGUGAUAUGUUGGAGAUAAUCAUGAAGAGGAUCGACACCCUGUCAAAAAUGAGCAACAGCAGCGAGUCCCACAGGCUGGAGGAGUUGAGCUCUGCUCUCCACAGAUUCCAGCCCGUAGGUCUGGUGGAGCGAAUCCAGGCCAUCGCCCAGAAUGUGUCCGACAUGGCUAUACGAAUGGAGCAGAUUCUGAAGAAGACUAACAUCCCCGCCAGAGGCCGAGAUGGAGUUACAGGCCAGUGCGAAGUCCCAAAGGAUCCCAGGUACCCGGAUUGUGCCAGUAAAGUGGAUUGGAUGAGAGCCAGGUGGACAUCGGACCCUUGCUACGCCUUUUAUGGAGUAGACGGCUCCGACUGCUCUUUCCUCAUCUACCUCAGUGAAGUCGAGUGGUUCUGCCCCCCUCUGGCCUGGAGGAAUCAAAGCAGCCACCCCACAACCAGCAGCCUGCCAAAAAGACAGGCGUUUUUCCGCUCCAAUCUGUCUCUACUGUUAGAGCGUGUUGGCUCGGGCAAAGAAUCGCUAAGCUUCAUGAGGAGGCGUAUGCGCAGAUUGGCUGUGCAGUGGGCUGCAGCUGCACGCAGACUUGACGAGCGCCUGCGCGGUCACUACAGAGAGCAGAAGAGGAUCCUGGUGCAUGUGGGCUUUCUGACAGAGGAAUCCGGUGAUGUGUUCAGUCCUAAAGUGUUGAAGGGUGGCCCGCUCGGAGAGAUGGUCCAAUGGGCAGACAUCCUCACCACCCUUCAUGUGCUGGGUCAUAACCUCAAGAUAUCACUCUCAGUCAAAGAACUGCAAGGGUCACUUGGCGUUCCUCCAGGAAGAGGAAGCUGCCCUCUGAUUGGCCCGUUACCCUUUGACCUUAUCUAUACAGACUACCACGGCCUGCAGCAGAUGAAACAGCACAUGGGCCUUUCCUUUAGACAGCACAGGUGCCACAUCCGUGUGAUCGACACCUUUGGCACGGAGCCAGCGUACAAUAAUGAGGAGUACGCCACACUGAACGGCUACAGGACCAACUGGGGCUACUGGAACCUCAACAGCAAACAAUACAUGACCAUGUUCCCACACACUCCUGAUAACUCUUUCAUGGGUUUUGUGACGGAGGAACUAAACAAGACUGAAAGAUUGAUGAUACAGAGGGACAAAGUCAACAACAUGGCAGUGGUUUACGGCAAAGAGGCCAGUAUGUGGAAGGGUAAGGAGAAGCUGCUGAGCAUCUUACACCGUUACAUGGACAUCCACGGGACAGUGUACUAUGAAACCCAGCGGCCCCCUGAGGUGCCCGCAUUCGUCAGGAACCACGGCUUACUGCCCCAACAGGAGCUACAGCAGCUUCUGAGGAAGGCUAAGCUCUUCUUGGGGUUUGGCUUUCCCUAUGAAGGUCCCGCCCCUUUAGAGGCAAUAGCCAAUGGCUGUGUGUUCCUGCAGCCAAAGUUCAGCCCCCCUCGCAGCUCCCUCAACCAUGAGUUCUUCAGAGGGAAGCCCACAUCCAGAGAGGUGUCAUCUCAGCACCCGUACACUGAACGGUACAUCGGCAAACCCCACGUCAUAACAGUAGACUUCAACAACUCUCAAGAAUUCGAGACAGCUGUUCAAGAUAUUCUCAAAGACAAGGUGGAGCCCUUUAUACCGUCUGAGUACACUUGUGAAGGCAUGCUGGAGAGAGUGAACGCUUACAUUCAGCAUCAGAGCUGGCGCUCUCAAAGCAGGAGGAAUUCUGGGAUAGCUGACAGUGAUGAUGCAGCUUUGCCAUCAGCGGCAUCAUCUGAGAAACCUGAUGAGAAUAGAAAUUCAUGCUGGCUCUGA